GUGAAAAGAAAUUCUUGACAUUUGUGCACAUUUGUGUGACAGUUGGAAAAAAAUGACGAUAUAAUCGUCAAACAAUAGUUUAUUAUUAAGCAAUGACAAUUGCUUAAUGGAAAUCGGUUAUUUAACCGAGUUUAUUUUAUUUUCUUACAACGAUAAGAAAAUUGUGUAAAGUGAAAAAAAGAAAAAGUUUUUACAUAAAGCUACGAUCUGUUUUAACAUUUAACAAUUUUUAACGCAUUUAGUGUCAAGUAUAAAAUGUCAGAAAGAAAAGGUUAUAAAAAACAUUGAUGUCUAAUAUUUAAAAAUCAAGAUACAAAAAAACGAGCAAAAUGUGUGAUCAACAAUUAGGAAGUUUAAUAAAAUGGUUAGAUACUUUCGAUUUGGAAGUGGCUCACUCGAUACCAGAGGAAAUAAAUGAUGGAGUUGCUCUUGCCGAGGCUCUAUCUCAAAUUGCUCCAGAAUGGUUUACUGCUGGUUGGCGAGCGAAAAUUAAAACUGAUGUUGGUACUAAUUGGCGUUUAAAAGUUAGUAAUCUCAAGAAAAUCGUCGAAGCUGUCACUGAAUAUUAUGUGGAAUGUUUAAAUCAACAACUCACUAGUUAUGUGAAACCAGAUGCGACAAAAAUUGGCGAACAAUGUGACAUGAAAGAAUUACGACGUCUUUUACAAUUGAUUCUCGGCUGUGCUGUUAAUUGUAAUCAGAAGCAACAUUAUAUUACUCGAAUUAUGGGUUUAGAGGAAAUUGUUCAACAAGUUAUAAUGCAAAGUAUUCAAGAAUUGGAGGAAAGUAUGCAUGGACCACGUUUAAGUCUCGGUGCAAGUUUAAAUUUUGAAACAUUCGACGUAGGCGAUGGGACACAACAAAGAUUAUUGGCUGAACUUCAAAUCGCUGUGGAUUCAAGGGAUCAACUAGCACAAAGAUGUCACGAAUUAGAUCAACAGUUAUCAUUGUUACAAGAAGAAAAGGUGACAUUGUGUACUGAAAACAAGAAAAUGCAAGAAAGACUCGAUGAACUUGAAAGUCCCGGAGAAAUGGGUGCGAGUUUAAAAUAUUCUAGUUUACGAAAACAAGUCGAGGCUCUCAAAGACGAGAUGUUUAAAAUGGAAACGUCAAAAGACGAUUACCGAUUGAAAAUGGAAUUGUUGGAGAAAGAAGUCUUGGAAUUUCAAUCAAAGCAAGAAGAUUUACAAAAGGCGGCAGAUGAAGCGAAUCAUUUAAAAGACGAAGUGGACGUGUUAAAAGAAACAGCAGAUAAAGUAUCGAAAUAUGAGCAAACAAUCGAGUCGUACAAGAAAAAAAUGGAGGAUUUAAGUGAUUUACGAAGACAAGUAAAAAUUCUCGAAGAGAAAAAUAUGGAGAAUCUUCAGUCAAAAAUUGAUUACGAAGAGGAAGUGAAACGAAAUACAAUGUUAAAGAAUCAUUUGGAUAUGUGUAAACAACAAUUGGCAGAAGUACAUCGAAAAUUGGAUGAACACAGUAAUAAAUCUGAUAAAUUGGAAUUUGAGGUGAGAAAAAUGGAUGCUAAACUCAAUACAGUUCAACGUGAACGUGACCGAUUAAUCCUGGAACGUGAUGCACUCAAGGAAACUAAUGAAGAAUUAAGAUGUACACAAUUAAAUGCAACGGAAAAUCGUGGACAUUUAAGUGGUAAUGAUACCAUUUCAAAUGCAGAGGGUGUUCCACUUGAAUUUAAGGAGAAACUUUUACUUCUUCAACAUGAGAAUAAAAUGCUUAAACUAAAUCAAAAAGGUACAGAGGAAAAAUUACCCACUGUUCAGGCAUUGUUGGAAGAUUCUGAGGAACGAGUGAAUACACUUAGAAAUCAGAAUCGAAAGGCAAAUCAACGAUUAAUUGAAUUGGAAAAUAAAUUAGAAGAAUUAACAGAAUGUCAAGCUAGUGGAGAAAUGAAAAAUGACAAUUCGCUUUGGCAGCAAAAAGUAAAUCAAUUGACGGAAGAUUUAAGAAAAACUCUUGCUGAACGUGAGCGUUUGAUAUUGCAGAUGGAGGAACGUGAAAGUGCUUCACAAACACAAAAACAAAAGGUGUUCACUCUUCAGGAAAGUUUGACGCACAAAGAAGAGGAACUUGCUGCAUUGGAGGAGCGCUACAAAAAGUACAUUGAAAAAGCAAAAAGUGUAAUCAAGAGUUUGGAUCCAAAACAGGGUAAUUCUUCGCCUUCGGAAGUGACAAUAUUGAGAAAUCAAGUCAUGGAAAAACGAAAGAUAAUCGAGGAAAUGGAACGUUCAUCCAAAGAGAGCAAAUUGCUCAAAGAAAACGAGGAGAAACUAAUGUUAUCAGCAUUUUAUCGUUUGAGUUUAGCCUGUCAUCGGGAGGCUGUUGAUCAACGUUUGGCAGCUCUUGGUCAAGGUCAAGGUCAGUCUUUCCUCGCGAGACAAAGGCAACCGUCUUCGAGGCGAGCUGGAAAUUCAGCCUACAAUUCUAAAUAAUUGAAAGUCUCUUUAUGAAAAUGACUUCAAUUUUUCUCUGGAUUCUUUUUUGUUAGAUUAAAAUUUUUGUUUUGAUUAUUGUAAUCAUGAUCUUGCCUUUUUCUGAAAAAUUAGGAAUUUUACUAAGUAAUAACUUCCGCACUUAUUUUAACGAUAAGUCUAAAAGUCUUUUUAAAGCGAAAUUAUUUUCGCUCAAUUAUUUUUAAAAUAUUUUUUUCAAAUGUAUAUUUUAUGAUACAUUGUUUAAUUUUAAUUUUACGAUUAAGUUACCUAUAUAAAUUGAAAAAAAAACGAUUAACUUUUGAAAUAGAUAUGUUAACUUUUUUUCUGUUUAUUCAUGUACAACGAAAUUUUUUUAAACAUGUUUUGUAAUUGUUAAUGAAACAAGAUUAAUCGACAAUAUUUGAAAUUUUUAAAAACCAUGACUCAAGUAUUUAAAAUAUUAAUAACUAUACCUUAUUAUAUUGACGGAAUUUUAUUUUUAAUUAAUAAUAAUUUUUAAAAAACAUCUAAUUAAUGAAUAAUGUUAAGUAAAACGAUUACCAAUUACUUUAAGAAAUUUAUAAGUUGACAGUGAAUUUUAUAAUAUUAUA